UGGAGGUUAUGCGCGAAAUGAGUGAAGUGUACCAAUCAGUGCGCACAGAUUUGACGCGCACAGGCAGCACAGUGAAGCGCUCACGAGUUCUUUACCUAUCAGACCAGCGUCCCGUCUAGUGCGUGUCACUUGGAGAGGUAGUGCAAUCCUCAGCAGUGUUCUGAGACUGCACUAACCGCUCACAGUCAUUACUGUAAAUGUCAUUAGAAUGGACGUUACGGAGUAGAGAUCAAACAAACACCAUCAUCGUUUCUGUGAGAAGCGCGUUUUAAAGUUUUUCUUUUGGGGAAAUUUGUGUGAAUCCAUUUUACGCAUUGGCCCAUCAUGACAGCAGAGAGAGAGAAAAAGAGGCACCCUUCAGAAAGGCGGAAGGAAAAGUCCCGUGAUGCAGCACGCUCCAGGCGCAGUAAAGAAACUGAGGUUUUCUAUGAACUCGCCCACCAGCUGCCGUUACCUCAGAGCAUCAGCUCACACCUGGACAAAGCCUCCAUCAUGAGACUAGCCAUCAGCUUCCUGCGCACACACAAACUCUUCAACUCAGGCCACACAGUCCGACAAACUCAGUCGCAGAAUGACAGCCAGAUGGACAGUUUAUAUCUAAAGUCUCUGGGAGGCUUUGUCGCUGUAGUAACAUCAGAUGGAGACAUGAUAUUCCUUUCGGAAAACAUCAGUAAAUUUAUGGGCCUGACACAGGUGGAACUGACAGGCCACAGCAUCUUUGACUUCACACACCCCUGCGAUCAUGAAGAAAUUCGAGAGAAUCUCAGUGUCAAAUCAGGACCUGUAUAUGGAAAAAGAGGUAAAGAUAUGAGCACUGGCAGAGAUUUCUUUAUGAGGAUGAAGUGUACGGUCACCAACAGAGGUCGCGCUGUCAAUCUCAAAUCGGCCAGUUGGAAGGUGCUGCACUGCACGGGGCAUCUGCAAGUGUGCACCAGCCGCCCCCCUCAAGUCCUAUGUGGAUUUUCGGAGCCACCCCUCACUUGCGUCACCAUGCUGUGUGCACCGAUCCCACAUCCCUCUAGCGUGGACACACCCCUCGACAGCAAGACGUUCAUGAGCAGGCACAGUAUGGAUAUGAAGUUUAUCUACUGCGAUGAGAGAGUCAGCAGUCUGAUUGGAUAUAGACCAGAGGAACUUCUGGGGCGUUCUGUGUAUGAGUUCUCCCAUGCUCUAGAUUCUGAGAGUAUGACAAAGAGCCACCAAAAUCUUUGUAACAAAGGUCAAGUGGUGAGUGGCCAGUACAGAAUGUUAGCCAAGCAAGGGGGCUACGUUUGGGUGGAGACCCAGGCAACCGUCAUCUACAACAAUCGCACCUCCCAACCACAGUGCAUCAUCUGCAUCAACUACGUCCUGAGUUCUGUUGAGGAGCAGUCAGUGAUCUUCUCCCUGGAUCAGACGGAGGCUCUGCUCAAGCCCUACCACAUGCAGCAACUGUUCUCCCAGGGUAAAGCGGCCUCCGAUCUGUUCACUCAUUUCAAGGAAGAGCCUGAGGAGUUAGCCCAGUUAGCACCCAUGCCAGGAGAUGCCAUCAUUGCCCUGGACUUUGAAAGGCCACCAUUUAAAGAGUCGGCUUUCUUCAAGUCUACUAAGCUGCCUGUGGUCAGCCAGCCAUGGGUUGUGGACACAGUGCCUGGUAGUAAUCCUGAUAGCAACCUGUCAUCCACCUACACCAUUCCCCAGGUGCCAGCUCCAGCCAAAGCCACGCCCUGUGCCACGCCCUGUGCCACGCCCUGCUUAAGCAGCUGCAGUAGUUGCUCUACACCUAGCAGUCCAGCAGAUUACUGUGGCAGUGGGGAGUGUGAACUGAAGGUAGAGCGGACAAAAAAGAUAUUUGCCCCAGAAACUUUGGCAACUAAUCCCACAGACUCCCAGGUGGACCUGAGUGAUCUUGACCUGGAGACUCUUGCUCCCUACAUUCCCAUGGAUGGUGAGGACUUCCAGCUGAACCCAAUCUGUCAGGAUGAGUCGAUGCCUGACACAGGUCCAGGCCUGAACACAGCCCUCCAGCACAGCUUCAGCAGUGUAGCUGACCUCUUCCAGCCCCUGGGCUCCUUCCCCUCUGACAACAAGGGCAGUCGCAACACAUGUCCAAACACGGUUCACAUGCAACCAUACCAAACUGCACCCAGCGCCCCGUUCUCCUUUGAGGGGGGUAGACAGAGUCUUCAGUGGUCCCCUGACCCACCCUUACAGUAUAAACAUACAGAGAUUGGACACAUGGAUGAACAGAGCAAAGCAGAUCCACAACAAACAUGUAAUUUCACUUCUGUGCUGCAACAGCAAAGGUUCUUUGAGAACUUUGCCCCUGUGCAGAAAAGCAUGAAUCUGGGGCAGACAGCUCUUGCCCACAGCUUUAAACGGAAGAGACAGUCAGAGUUCAGCUCAUCAUGCUCUUUCUCUCAUAUUCAUAAGCAGGAGGUGGUUCCUCACAAUGAGUCUGCUGAUGUCACACAGAAAAAGAUGAAGACAGUGACCAUUGACAGCUGUGCCUUCUGUGCCAGGAAGUCUCUGAGUACCAAUGUGCUCACAGAUAAAUUUCCAUGCAUGCAAAGUGGAGUGGUGGCUCCUCACGGCUGCAGUCAGUCUAUCAAAGGGAGCUCAGAUGAUCUGAAGCAGCAUUUUGCAGACUCAUUCUGCCCUUCUAAUAACAGACGAUACCACGUGUUGCCUUCACCCAAACACACAGGGAUGAUAAGUCAAUUGCUGGGCCCAUCCUUUGACUCGUUCUGUCUGCCAGAGCUUACACGAUAUGACUGCGAGGUCAAUGUGCCUCUACAGGGAAACCUUUAUCUGUUGCAGGGCUGUGACCUCCUGAGAGCCCUGGACCAGACCACGUAAAUCAAGAGCUUCUGCAGCAAUCCAUCCACCCUGUGCUUUCACCUUCCCUCUUUGUCUAUGUACAUUAUAUUUUCUCUAUGCUGUUUUCUUCUAUGCAUGUAUUAUCAGCCUCUAUUUAGAUUUCUUUGUAUAUUUUCCUCUGUGUAAUAUUUUAAUAUAUAUAUUAAAAAUCUGAUUGUUAUUUGUUUAAAAUGUGUUUGGACAUACCACUUUUACUGUAGUCUUUCUAUGCUGUUUCAGAUGCUUAACAUUGUCAUGUUUCUUCACAUGCUUAGUGUUCUUUAAGGGAUAGUUCACACAAAAAUGGAAAUUCUGUCACUAUUUACUCACUUUCAUGUUAUUCCAAUGUGUUUUAUCUUUCUUUCAUGGAACACAAAUUGACAUAUUUGGCUAAAUGUUAGCCUCAGUCGCCAUUCACUUUUGUUGUAUGGAAAAAAGUUGUAAUGAAAUAAAUGGUGACUGAGGUUAACAUUCUGCUUAACAUCUCCUUUUGUGUUACAUGGAAGAAAGAAAGUCAUACAGGUUUAAAACAACAUGAUGGGGUGAGUACGUUAUGGCAAAAGUUUCAUUUUUUGGUGAACUAUCCCUUUGUGGUAAAAUUGUGGACAAAAGAUGUUUCAAUGGUGCAAAUUUAGCUGUGGUCCCCAUACAGUAUAUUAUAAAUAUUCACACUAAGUUUCCAUUUGUUAACAUUAGUUAACAUGAACUAACAGUGAAAAGUACUUCUACAGCAUUUAUUAAUCUUAGUUAAUGUUAAUUUGAACAUAUAGUAAAAAAAAUUUAAAUCAAAAGUUGUAUAUUUAAACAUUUGUUCAUGUUAAUUAAAUAACAUGAACCAACAGUGAACAAUUGUAAUUUUAUUAUGUAUAUAUACUGUAUAUAUAUAUAUAUAUAUAUAUAUAUAUAUAUAUAUAUAUAUAUAUAUAUAUAUAUAUAUUGUUCAAUGUUAGUUCAUGAUACAUAAUGAAUUAACAAAUGUUAAUGAAUGGAACCAUACUGUAAAGUGUUAGCUAAAUAUCAAAUAACUUAAAUAUCUUUACAGUGACAUAAGCAAUAUAGAACCCUUUCAUUCAGCUUUGUGUACUGACAUGAAAUAUAAAUAAUAUGUUUGUACUGUAUAAAAGAAAGACAGACUUAAAAAAAAGCCUUUUAAAAAUUGCCUUGAACUUUUAAAAGCUAAAAAAUAGGCAUAAAUCUAUCUUACCAAUAUGUCUUUUUUCCGAUUUAGAACAUUUGUAUUUGACCUGUUUCUCUACUAUGACCUCAACUUUCCCCUAAAUUCCCCUCUACACAAUCAUUAUGACAAGGAUGCUGUAUUGAAUGUAUAGUUUUGCUGUCAUCUAAAGCACUUUAUUUUAAAAAAUGCAAAUAGGACCUCAAUAUUUUCUGCAGACCAAAAUGAAAAAAAAAAAAAAAAAAAAAUAUAUAUAUAUAUAUAUAUAUAUAUAUAUAUAUAUAUAUAUAUAUAUAUAUAUAUAUAUAUAUAUAUAUAUGCUCUAGUGUAGUCAUAUAAGACAUGUCUACUCUGCCCCACCCAACACUACUAAUCACCUUUAAAAUAUCUCCCAUCCUCUUUCCUUGAUAAGACAUGUAAAUUCUUACAUAUUAUUUUCUCAUACAAACAUGCCUAUUGUGUCUACAUUAUAUGAGGUCAGAUUUAUAUGCUUCGUAUCUCUGUAACACGUAAAAAAAUGUUUGUAUUUGGUGUUCAGAAGUGCCUUGGUACUUGGUCUUGUCUACUUAGCAGUAUAGACAGUGAUGCAUUUGUAGCUUUCUCUUUUAUGUACUUAAUAUAUGUAACAUGGUAGUUUAAGUUUAUUCAGUUUUGUAUUAAAUGAUGUGUAUCACUUUCUCAUGAUACUUUGGGGUUUCUGUGUUUCUUUACAAAAUAUAUAAAACUAGUUUUAGCAUU